UCCCUGGAAGUGCGAUUGCAGUGCGAGAUCGAAGAAAUCAUGACCCCUGACCCUGACAGCGUCCUUCCUUUCUCGGAACCCUCCCCCCAGCCUCUGUCCAUGAAGAGCAGGAUGCUGGCUGGCAGUGCCAACGCCGUGACCAACGAGGGGCCCCUGAAGGACAGCGUACCGUGUCUGAGUGUGAAAAGCCGGCCCGUGAGGAUGCCCCCGGGGUACCAGGCGGAUCUGGUAGUCCAGAUUGUGUGGGUGGAUGGAGAGCCUCCGCAACAGAUCACCAGUCUGGCUGUGAGCUCCGCCUAUGGCCUACUCUCCUUCGGGAACUGUAACGGAUUGGCUGUUGUAGAUUACAUUCAGAAAGCCAUCUUGCUCAGCAUGGGGACGGUGGAUCUCUACGGCACAAAUGACCCGUACCAGCGCCAGCCGCGCUCUCCGCGCAAGAGUAAGCAGUUCAAUGCAGACAACUUUUGCAUGCGUGGCCUCUCUAAUUUUUACCCAGAUUUAACGAAACGGAUCCGUACUUCCUAUCAGAGUCUAACAGAGCUCACAGACAGCCCCGUGUCCCUGGACCUGGAUCGCUGCAAGUCUCCCACUUCAGGUACGUGUGAUGGAAU